GCAGGGCAGGGCUCAGUCUGGCCCUAACCUCAGCGUGAGAUGGUCACUAGUGCUGUGGAGAGCGGCGGUGACGGUGUGUGGACCAGCUGACCACUCGCACACAUUCACUCACUCACUCGUAUUAUUCGUCUCCUCACUCACGUCACCUGCCCGUCUGUGCGUCCUGACUAGGCCUACAUCAACUCAGCCUACGUAGAUUACUUCAGUGUCUCUCCCUAACCUUCCCUAUCCUUCUCUCCUUGCCUCCGUCUGGUCCUGCCUCGCCCUACACGUGAUGUCUGUACUCCUCCUCCAGGCCCUUAUCGUUAUCAAGGUUUAUCUCGUCUCCUUCACCUUGGUCUCGCCUCUCAACACUUGCGCUUUCCGUUCAUCACGCGACUAGCAAUGCUGAUGUUCACCUGUUGAGUCAGAGCAAGGUUAGUGUUCGGCCUAACCUGUGUGUGCGUGUGUGGGUCUCCUGCCCCGUCUGCCUCGCCCUCUGCCAACCCCUGUGAUCCCGAGUGGGUGUUCUGCAGGCGGGUUUCUGUCUCCCUUGUUCUUCCUCGCUGUGACCUUCGACCACCGCCUUCCCAUCACCACAGCUUCCCAGGGAACGCCUCUCUCUCUCUCUCUCUCUCUCUCUCUCUCUCUCUCUCUCUGAAGCGCGCACUUCCCAAACUCAGGCACCCUCUUCCCAUCACCAUCCUCGCUACGUAUUUCCGGGUUGCCAUUUCCGACCCGCUAACGGAGGCACCCCUCAGGCCUCGCCAUCACCACCACAACCAUCACCAUCACCGCCACCACCGCUGCUGCUGCACCUCCUUAACGCAAAUAAGUACACUGACUGACUCAUUCACUCUCUCACUGACUCACUCACUCCCUCACUCACGAUGGCUCCUUGACGCCUGACGAUUAACACACACACACACACACACACACACACACACACACACACGCACACACUAACCUCUUCAAUUUCAACCACUCCAAAUCUUUCCCUCCCAGCCUACCUCUCCAUCAAUUUAAUUCCUCCUCACCACUUCCUUCCCUCUCCCCAAUCCUAUUUCUCUUCCCGGACCUCCCGCCCCCUGGGGAGGGAAGCAGGGGCAUGGCCAUCACCCCAGGCCAUCUUUGGGCUCCCCUGAUUACUGCCAGCACAUCCAAACAUCGCAAAGUGACAGCAACUGGCCUCCUGGAAAACACUCACCCACAACAAUUCCAGGUGCGCGCGGCCAGGUCGACAGCACGGGGCGGAGCUGCUGGUUGACUGGUGACUGGUGGCUCGUGGCUCCUCGUGGUGGUAUCUGUAUUCAUCUCGUCGCUUGUUAUAGACACACACACCUGAAGGAUGGUUGCACCUUGCCCACACCUGCCCCUGCUCGUCGCCUCGCUCUUCUACCUGGUUCUAGUCACGCAGGCUGCAGGGUGGCGGGGCGUGGUGGGCCGGGUGGAGGUGAGGACGGAGAUCAGCCAACGUUACUCUUCCACACUCUGCCGCAUCACCCUGCACAACCCGCACCCCAAGGCAGAUCACGUCACUCUAGCCAUGGUCCUCCCUGCCGAUGCCUACGUGUCCUCGCUUACCAUCGAGGCGGGAGGGAGGAACAUUACAACUAAGGUAGAGGAGAAGAGAAGAACAAGAGGACCAAAGACUUCGGAAGACACCAGAGCGACAUCAAGAUCCAGGAGGUACUUCCCGCAGGAGACGCAGCGGUUCAAGGCGAGCAUCAAGGUGGCGCCCCUGGACCAGGCUACCUUCUAUAUUGCCUACGAGGAGCUACUGCAGAGGGCACGAGGCAGAUAUACCUUCUCCCUUCACCUGCCGCCCUAUUCCGGCACGGGGAGGCAACAAGUGGAGGUGAGACUCAAGGAGAAGGAUGCAAUUCAAAACCUUCUAGUACUGAAGGAACCCAAACCCUCUGCAGUUACACAAGAAAGAAUAUCUGAAAACGAAGUAGUUCUUACUUACCAACGAGGAGAAGAAGAAGGAAGAAGAGGAGAAGAAGAAGAAACAAGGGAAGAAGAAAGAAAUCACCUUGUUAACACCACCAGCAACGCUCACAACACCAGCAGGGGCGAGGAAGUGGCAACCAGCAACAGUAGCAGCAACAGUAGCAGUAGCAGUAGUAGCAGAAGUGUCAGGAGUGUUAAGAAUGAAGAGAAUAACAAAACGGAGGCAAAGAACGUGCUUAGUCUCAGUUACGACGUGCAGAGGAGCGUGGAUGGAGGCGAGGUUCAGGUUCUGGGGAGGUUCUUCGUGCAUUACCUAAGCCCAGAGGGACUCCCGAAGCUCCCGGCACACACAGUCUUCGCCCUCGAUAUUUCAGGUUCAAUGAGUGACCACGGCAAGCUGGACCAACUAAAGGAAGCCAUCAUCGCCAUCAUCAGAAGAAUGCCGGAGGAAGAUUCAUUUGAGGUGUUGGUGUUCUCUACCCGCGUGAAGUCCCUCGGAGUGUACCAAGCGCUGCCCGACCAGGUGGAGCGGGGCGUGGCCAAGAUACAGGCGCUGCGGGCUCUGGGCGGCACCAACAUUAACGACGCCCUUCUGAAGGCAGUGACGGGCGCCAACACUCACAACUCCACCCACGCCCCGGCCAGACAGGUUGUCUUUCUGACGGACGGCAAACCAAACAUCGGAGAGACGAACCCGGAGCAACUGAGAAGGAAUGUGAGAGAAGCGAACCGUCACCAGCUUCCUGUCUUUUCCCUUGCUCUGGGCGAGGACGCUGACGUGAGGCUCCUGCGUCAGGUGAGUGCGGACAACGAAGGGUUCACGAGGACAUUGAACGAGGAGGAGCAGCCAGGGCAAGAGAUGCAGGAAUUCUAUAAAGAGAUUGCCACACCUCUUCUCACUGACCUGGAUGUGAUGUACCGUGACGAUGUAGUGGAUAGAAACUCAAUCAUCAGACAUGGGCCUUCUAACUUCUAUUCUGGCAGUGAGGUGGUGUUUGCCGGGCAACUGCGGGAGGGGGUGAAGGAGGUGCAUCCCGUGGUGGCCGGCAGGGGGAAACAAGGACCUCUGCAGCUGCGUGUCUCUAGAACCUAUAAAUCUGACCAAGAGCUGCCCAGAGACAACCAUGUGGAGAGAUUGUGGGCUUACCUCUCUGUUCAGGAUCUACUCGACGCUGUGGAGAUUGUUGAUGAUCGAAAUUUAAGAAUGGAAAUGCGAGCGAGGGCGAAGGAAAUUGCAGUGCGGUACCAGUUCGUGACUAAACUGACCACACUGAAAACUGAAGACUCCUACGACUCCCAGACUCAUCCGGGCCUCAAGUCCGCCUCCAGGCACCAGAAAUCAAGGACUGGGAUACACGGGGGACUCAUGGGACAGGAUCUAGCUCUCCUCAGCCCUUCAGAAAUUGCAGACACCCUUCCAGCGCCUCUCAGCAAUAGGAUUCGCACCUCGUCCCCUAAUGCAGAGUCCUUUGGAGACAACGACCCCCACUUCGUCGUGCAGGUUCCCGGAAUGUCGCUGCCUUUUUGCUUCGACAUCCACGCCUCCUCCGGCAGCACACUCAGCCUCAUCCGCGACCCACACUCAGGCGUGGUGGUGAACGGCCAAGUCACCGCCGCUGUGGGCCGCCCCGGGAACACCUAUUUCACCAGCAUCUUCAUCUCCCUCGGCGGUGUCAACUUCACUAUCACCAACACAGAUGUCUCAGCCGACUGCCUCGACCCCCGCGGCACACCGACGGUGGACGGCGUGUCUCCCUCCCUCUGGGGCAAGAGUAAGAAGAAAGGCAGAAAGAGGAACAGGAGAAAGAAGGAACAGCGGAUGAAGAGGAAGUCGAACCGAGCAAACAGGCGAAGCAGAAGAGGAAGACGGAACAGGAAAGGACGCAGGUCUUCACGUAAUAAGCAGAGCAGGAGGAGGGAAAGAAGAAGCCCCUAUCCACGUGUUCCUGGGGUUCCUCAGGGUCAGAGUCCAAGGAAAACUCCUCCACACUAUUUCUGGAGGAGGUUAAGCCGUUCCAUCCAGUCUAAAGGUUCCACUGAGGGCGAGAUCCACUCUCAAGCCACAUUCAUCCAUCCUCAUGCCUUCCACCCCUUCACCAUUGGGACGCAGACCAUGCCACAUCCUCUCGCAUCCACCCAAGCCCUCCAUCCAUUCGCUGCACGGUACAGGGUUAUGCCACAUCCACUACCAUACAUCCGUGCCCCAAAUCAAGUCAUUCACCCGUCCCAUGCAAGCUCACAGGCCACACAUACACACACAUCUCCAUACACACAGCAAAACCUCAUUCAUCCACUCCACACAAGGCUAAACAGUAAGCCACACCCAGAAACAUCACACACGCAAAGGCAAUCCCUCCACAACCCCCACACACACUCACAUCCACAAUCACCCACAUACACUCAAAAGAACCCAUCUCACACAACCCACACGAACCCCAAUAAUAUUCCAACCCCAUUAGCAUCCACACGCACACUCCACCGCAUCACAGCACCACACACGCACUUACAAACGCACUCAAACCCUCAAACUACAAAUGAAGUCAAGUAUCAAAGUCCACUAGAGUCCACACACUCGCGCCACGUUAGAGAGUCGCCCCGCCACCGCCAAGUCCACCCGCAGGAGGGAGAGUUCACACAUCCACAAGCUGGUGUUGAUAUAUCCGCCCCGAGGUUCCUGCACGGGGCGAGGCAGGGGCGUGGCGGGGACCAGGCACAGAGGAAGCAGGAGAGGGAGAGGAACCAACUGCUGAAGGAAUGUAGCAAGACACAAAGCUGGAGGAAGUUGGCAGGGAGAAGAUACGGCCCUGUCAUGGUGUCUCUGAGGAAUCACCGCAAGCUGGCCUUCCUGCUGGGGGACGUGGACCUCAGCCUGGUUGUGACUCGCUCCCGCAGCUCCCACGGCCAACACUUCCUCGGCGUGUACCUCGAAAGACACUCAUUGCUGUCUCCUAACACCACAGGCAUCAUAGGCCAGUUUGUUUACAAGACUGUGGGCACCGUGGGACAGGAGCGGCCGGGGACCACCAACGCCACACACCCUAACUCCAGUGUGCGGCUGGCAGUGGUACAGCUUGGCCCGGAGCGAACUUAUCAGGUGUCUGAAGUGAACGCUUACCUGUCAAGCCGGCGGUCACUCCUGCAUAAGACUAAGGUCAGCUGUCUCUACAUCAAGAACCAAGGGCGUGGGUUGGUGGCUGGCGGGCCUAGUGACUACCUCCGCCCCUGCCUCGCCUGCUGAUCCUGUGUGGCGCAGUUGGAAUUUUUUCAUGGAUUUUAUGCGGAAGUUUAUCUCUCGUAUCAAAGCUGGUGUGGAUAUAAUGUUUCCUCUUUGAUGCAGUGUGGGAAGUAAUCUCUUUCUCUUUCUCUCUCUCUCUCUCUCUCUCUCUCUCUCUCUCUCUCUCUCUCUCUCUCUCUCUCUCAUCAAGUACAACGUGAUAAGUCUCUUGCAUCAAAGCCAGUGUGAAAGUAGUCAUCCCUGUCAGACUCUAAUGGAUGUGAAGCUCCCUUACAUCAAGCAGCGUGUGAUAAUCUUCCUUUGUUCCAUACCCAAACUACUGCAGCAAAAAAAAAAAAAAAAAAAAAAAAAAAAAGUUGCAUUAAAUAGUUCAUGAAGCAAUUUUUUCUUCCAAAGCAACAUAAUAUUCUCUUCUACCAAGCGCAUGAAAAUAAAACAAACAUUCCCUUUUACCAAACAAAGACGUAAAACAUUCCAUUCCACCCCGACAAACACAACGCCAAAGUCACACUCUUUACAUCAAACACGUGACGAGAAAAAAAAAAUGUCAGUUCCCUUCCAGCAAAUCUUUACGGAAACAUACACAGCAAGUGACACGGAAAACAUGAACACUCCUUUUCAUCAAACACGUUAACCGUUUCACAUUUCCCUUCAUUCACCAAAGUCACACUCCUUUUACA